GAAAUACGAUGCAGCGAAAAUCUGGAAUACUAUUUUGAGCCGUUUUUCAGCCUGUGCAAAAAACAUUGGCUGUAGGAAGUAUCGUAACCGAGAACAUUGUUUAAUCGUUUGCGUUAAUUUAGUUCCGGCAGUAGGUCACCAAUGUGCAAUUUCUUUGCAUCUAAGUGAGAGUGGUUACAAAUAAUAGGGAAACCAAUCGAUGGUUGUGUUGAUCAUUUUUGUAAACAAACUAUCGCGAUCUAUCGGGUGUUGCUUCUGCUAAACCAUGACGGAUAAAGGAUUGAUCAAGCGAAUGUCACUGUCUUCGAAAAGCCGGUCCAGCUUUCCUGCGGCCACUCCUGCUGCUGGACCAUCUGUAACACCGAACGCUGUAGGUGUCGUACCUGGCAGUAGACUCCCGCCUGUGCGACCAUCAUUGGUGACCAGUGUACCAUCACCCGGAUCUCCAGAACAAUCCGUGCUGGUUCCACAUGUUAAAACAUCGGAAAAUGCAAAAGUACUACCAAAAUAUACAGCUGCUUUACAAAACAAUAGCGAAGAGCUUAUUCCAGCUGAAGAUUUGGAUACUAUACAGCUUGAGUUAGAACUGCUUCUAUCGACAGUUGCUCUACGGUCUCGUGUCUUGAAAGCCGAACUGGAAACAAUAGACAAGGCCGAUGAACGACGUGAGCGUAAAGGAAAGCAUUUGGAUAGGGCACCAUCCUCCCCAGGAAAACGGAAGCGGUUGGAGGAAAAACAAAAGUUCCGCGAAAGCGCUGGUAAAUUGCUUGGCCAGCAGCUUAAAAUAUCGAAAAUGAAACACUCCUCGACAUUGGUUCCACCGUCUCCUGCACCGUCGCAGCACACAGACGACAGCAUGGAUGCGGUACCGUUUUUACCGCAAAAUCAUCAUCUACAGCAUUUAAAUAGCGAUGCGAAGCCAAUCGUACCCAAGAAUGAUACACCAAACAAGUUUUGGCUAUCGGUUGAACCAUAUUGCAUGCCAAUCUCACAUGAAGAUCUUAAACUAUUGGAUGAUCUAUUGGAGGAGUAUUCAGGACCCCUUAUUCCCCCGAUUCCCGAACUCGGCCCUCACUACAGCACCCAAUGGGCAGCAGACGAUAUAAAGGAAGAACAGGAUGGUGUAGCGAACUCAGCUGCAUCUAAAUCCAAGUCAAAGAAUCUUACCAAUGGCGAUCUGAGCAAAAAGGAGAAGAUAAUCGGAGAAGGAAUCACUGGGCCCCUAACACAACGUCUGGUGUCGGCUCUGAUGGAGGAGAACUUACAUCCGGAUUGCACCAGCACAAGCAACGAAAACAGUAAUAGCAGCUCAGAUGUCACGCAUAGUAAUAAUGCCCGCAGUGCCGUGGCACUGUUAAAGAACGGUAUCAGCAUCGAAAGAAGGCUUCGCAAGGAGCUAAUAGAACAAGGUAUCCUAGAUGCAGACGAUAUGCCGAAAAGUCAACAAGAUGAUGAAAUACUGUCCGAAAUCAAUCGCGUACGCACAGAGCUUGCCGUCAUUGCGGAGUACAACUCUAAUGAAAUACGAAAGCUACAAUCGAUGGCCAAGGAUGAAAUGAAACGUAUUGAAGUGAAACGCAAGCUCGAUCGCGUCGAUCAGGAGAUCAUGGAGGUUUAUCAGAAAGUGAUUGCGGCACGCCUAAAACGUCGACCUCUGACGAAACAGGAAAGAGAUGAAGUAUACCGUUUAACUGAAGAGCAAAAGCGUCUGUCCGACCAGUUAGAAUUGAUGCCUGUGCAUGGACCGUUCGGAAGGACUCAGAACAAUUAGCAAAGAACUAUUUGAAAAGUUAAGCUAAACUCCACACACAAGCUCCGCUCUGGUGGGAAAUUCCGUUUCUGAAAGCACCGUAAGUAAUUUAACCUAAUAAAUUUCUGGCUAUCAUAAAUAAUUGAUAAAAUGAUUAGAAAUU